CGCAGAGACGCCGCGCGGGCAAAAGGGUAGUUUUCCCCACAACAUCCAAAAAUGCCGUCCGAACAGCAGAAAAAUGGUUCGGGUUCUAACGUGUCUGCACAACCAGAGAAGCCCUUUCAUUACACGUACUUGAAGGAGUUCCGUACACAGCAAUGCCAAGAGUUUCUGCAUCACAAGUGUCCCAACCAUCGUCCGUUUACAUGUUUUCACUGGCAUUUUUUGAACCAACGGAGGCGAAGACCCGUUCGAAAACGGGAUGGAACUUUUAACUACAGCCCGGAUAUAUACUGUACCAAGUUCGACGAAACCACAGGCCUCUGCCCGGAGGACGAAGAAUGUCCUUACCUGCAUCGCACCACGGGGGACACAGAAAGACGCUACCACCUGCGCUACUACAAGACGGGCACGUGCGUCCACGAAACCGACGCACGCGGCAACUGCGUGAAGAACGGCCCCCACUGUGCGUUUGCCCACGGCCCCCACGACCUACGCCAGCCCGUGUACGACAUCCGUGAAGUCAUGGCCCAGCAGGAUCCCCUGCCAGUGCUGUCGGAGAUGUUGAAGCCUUCGAACGGGACAGGGAUGGGAUUAUGUAAUAUCGCUGCUGUUAUAUCAGAGAAAGACAAGGCGACGUUUAUAGAAGAUCCCAGAUGGGGAGUCACCUCCCCUUCUCCAACUCUAGACACCAAUUUUGUCCUGACCAACUACAAGACGGACCCGUGCAAGAAGCCCCCGCGUCUCUGUCGCCAAGGUUACGCCUGCCCACAUUACCACAAUACCAGGGACAGGAGAAGAAGUCCCCGCAAAUUUCGUUACAGAUCAACCCCCUGCCCUAACGUCAAACUGACCGACGAGUGGGGUGAGCCAGAGAACUGUGAGCAGGGGGACCAGUGCCCCUAUUGCCACACACGGACGGAACAGCAGUUCCACCCCGAGAUCUACAAAUCCACAAAGUGCAACGACAUGCAGCAGACGGGCAACUGCCCCAGGGGACCCUUCUGCGCAUUUGCGCACGUAGACCAGGAGAUGACAACACAUCGAGAAUUCAGCGAGGAGCUGAGUAUUAUUCCACAGUUUACAUCAACAAGCACCUCGGCAAUUAUUGGAAGUCCCCUGGGUACAUCAUUACAUCAACAGAUGACAAGUGGGGAUUUGGCAUUUUCUGUUGCAACCAGCAACACACCGGGACCAAUUGCCAAGCCACGCUCCAACAGCACUUCCAGUAACUACUCAUCGGAUAGUCUGCAUCACAACAUGUAUCCUAGGGCACCAGGGUCAGAAAGAGAAGAGGCAUUCAGCUCAUUAUUACCAACUAGUCAUUUACCGUCGAUGGUUCAUCCAAUGACGAUAUCUAGCUCCAGUCCCACAGCUUCUAGUACAAUGUCUGCGACAGCAACACCAUUCUAUCCACCCAGUGACACAGUAGAAUCAGUUUUAGGAAAUGCUCUGGACGACAUGCAUCUAGAGGACAUUGAUGUAGCAGCAUUGGAGAAAGAAUUAGACAACGAGACGUCCUCUAUAUCAAGCUCAGUAGCUAGUAUAGGUCAUUUAUCAAUGAGUUUAGGGUAUGGAAGUUCAGCACCAGUCAGCAUACCGGGCAGUGCCAGCAGCAUAUGCAGCAGCGGCCCCAAUCACAAAUCCUCAGUUACAGAUAGUCCCAGCUCGCCUAUGUCACAGCUGUCAUUUCUACCACACCACCUGCAGCAACAGCAACAACAACAGCAACAACAACAACAACAACAACAACAACAGCAACAACAACAGCAGCAGUUUGAACAGGCUGCGGCAGCCUUCAUGAGCCAACCCAACACUCUCCCGCAACACAUGCGGCAGCAUGGCCAGCUGGGCCUGGGCCGGAUACUGGACAACCCCGGCCACUCUGGACGGGGGCCACAGUCACCUCUCUCGUCAUCGGUGGUCGGUAACCCUGGUACCGGUGACGAUGUGUCUAAGAUGCACGAGGAGAUUGGCGCCCUGAAGAACAAGCUGCACACGUGGGAGGAGUCUUGGAACCAGGCCAAGCAGGCAUGUGAUGCAUGGAAGAAGGAGGCCACAGAAUCCAGUGAGAAAGCUAGAAUUGCAGAACAGGAGAAGCAUCUAGCAAUGCAGUAUAAAGAAGAGGCACUCAAUGAAGCCAAGUCAUUAAAGCACGACAUGGAGGGGCUGACAGGUGGGCCCCACCUACAUAUACUCAGCAAACUGGCAGACUUAAAUAGUUUACCCCUUAGCAGUCUAAAACAAAUGCAGUUCCAACUACGGCAAGACCUAGAGAGGUUAGAUAGGGUAAUACACACCAAAGAGGCCUUGCGAUGUUGCAUCUGCCAGGACCGGGAACGUAGUAUAACCACAUCCCCCUGCCACCAUCUGGUACUCUGUGACACCUGCGCUUCCAACAAGCUCAACUGUCCCGUCUGCCACAUGCAGAUCACCAAUAAAAUCACGGUGGCGCUCCCCUUGUGAUCAUAGCUUGACGGUCAUACCCCAAGGAGCUUUUUUGUUGCAUUUGGCAAUGCAUGAAAUGACGGACUGAUCUUAUUGCCAGGCUAGGCAGCCAAUUGGUAAAUCUCAAGGGCAUUUUUUUUAAUGGGAAAGAGGAGGUUAUUGGAAGUGGUCUUAUCCUUCAAGUUCUACUGAUUCUCGUAGUCGGUUUUGUUCAUAGGCAGUAAGGCUGUUGAGAUUGUGUACGUCUAAACAUUUUUACACCCAUCACAGACUGGAGACCCAGAGUCACGUCAAACCAAAUGUUUCCUUAGAUUUAAAGUCUUGUCAUUGGAAAAGUAGUACACAAAUUUGAAGGAUUGAGAUUUGUCAAGAUUUUUCCUGAUUUCCAGAUAUUUGUCAGGAUUUUUUUCAAUUUUGCAGAUUUGUUGUCAGGAUUUUUCCUGAUUUCAGGAUUUUUUGUCGCAAUUUUCCCAGAUUUCAGUAAAGGUGUUCUACCUAUAAGUAAAGGUGUUCUACCUAUAAGUUUAUAUAGGACAAAAGAAAUGGGUAUUUGAAGGGAUGCCCUUAGGCAAAUACAAACAUACAUGUAUACCAUAGACCCUAUGUUGAUCUGGUUUCCCUGCGACCAUCAAAUCCUCGGUUGAUUAUUUUUGGUCUGAAUUUUUUCAUUUUGCCACAAUUUCACCCCUGCAAUUUGGUUUUAUGUGAUGCUGGAAAAUCAGUCUGAAAUGGAUGUUAAGUUGUUAACCAACUCAUAUAUAGCAGUAUUGGAAACUAUUUUGUCUCUUCUUUGAAAAGUGUUUCCAGAUAAUUUCAUCUGUUUAAACAAUACAGCAUGUUUGUGUAAAAUUAUGUAAAGUUGUUACAUUGCAAAUCAGGAGGUUAGGGUUAAUAUUGCCAAAUCCUGUAAAACUUUUCUGUGGAUUUGAAGGAUCUAGGAAUAUAUUUAGGUUGCUUGUUCUAUUAAUCACAAACCUUGUCUUGUUAUAUUAAUCACAAGCCUAAUGUCGAACAAGGAAAUUGAUUUGAACAAAGAAAUUGACUGGAGUGGGGUUUGAACCUGCGACAUUCAAACAGCAGUGUAUCAGUGCCCCGUUGUGCUUCACCUCAAUCACAUACGUCGUCAAUAUACAUACCAUAUUCUAUUCUGUUCAUCACAACCGCAUUUCAAAAAUUCAUGCGAUUCUUCUGUCUACACUGGCGUGCACAUAAUAUUUGGAUGAAAGACAAGUUCCAUUCUAGUCUGCAUCAAGUUUGUGCACCAUUUUUAUUCAUUUGUGUCUGUAACUCGUGCUUAAACACAGUUGCUGUAUCGGUGAUGUAAAUCUAAUAUAUUAUGAGAAAUUAUACAACUUUAGUCUAUGCCUAAAGUGGAGUAUGUCGAAUAUUGACUUGACAUGAUAAAAAAAUUUGUGGUGUUAAGAAUUAUUAAGUUUUUGUUUUGUUUUGAUUCAGUUGCAUUAAUCUCAUUUCCUUUUUUUCUUUUCUAUUUAUAGCCUUUGAUUAUAGUAGAAUGUAUCGAAAUACAUGUAUAUGAUGUAAAAUCAAGAGAGUAUAAAAACGGUUUUAGUUGGUAACAACCGAAUUUACAUUGCUAAAAAAGUGGGUCCAAAGUUUACAAAUCUGCUUUUCCAUUGAGUUUCGGGUAUUGAUGUAAGCAAUAAAAUCUUUUUUUUUUUCCUGGCCCUGUUACAUCCGACAUCCAAGGAUGCACUCCUUAAUGGCAGGCGUCCUCCAAGAUUGAUUAUCAAUAGCAACCAACCUACUCAAGAAAUAAAAAUUCGUUUGAAGUCAUUCUUAUUGAAUGGUAAAUUACAAAGUUCUGGGGUAACAGGUACAGGAAGAAUGUCACACCUUAGAAUCUACAGGGUGCCCCUCCAAAAAGAUUACACUUUUGCAGAUGCAGAUUUCUCAAAAUUGGGGAGACAUAUUGAAAUUGUGUUAAGAUAUUCCUAAGGUACAAUGUCUUGGUGGCAUUUGGUGAAAAUGGCAUUGAAAAUAAAGCCUAACUUAAGAAAUGAUGGCCAUUUACAGAGACAUGGUCAAAAACCAGUUUGUUUAUGAAACGUGGUCAAAACAGUAGCACUGCGUGCACAAGGAACUGCCAUAACAAUGACAACACUUGUAUCUCACACAUGCGUGUGGACAAACUGGUUUUUGACCAUUUGUAUGUAAAAUGGACGUCAUUUCUUAAUUUAGGCAUUAUUUUCAGCGUCAUUUUCACCAUAUGCCACCAAGACCGCGUAGUUUAGGAUUAUUUUACAAGCAAUUUCAAUAUGUCUCCCCAAUUUUGAGAAAUCUGCGUCUGAAAAAGUGUAAACUUUUUUGGGGGGCCACCCUGUAUAUAGAAUGACCCAUAUGUGAAGGUGUUGGACUUCUGUGUCAUAGUGAUUGAAGAAAAUCUUUUCCUAGUAAUUGUGUUAGAACAGUGUGCCCAAAGAAUGAAAGUAAACCUAUUUUAAUGGGGUUCCAAUCCACAUCUCCAUGUAGCUUUCUGCAUUUCACGACCCCUUUACAUAGCAACUUGUGUUGGUCAAGGUCUAUAUUGGGGGGGGGGGGGACCUGCAUACUACAUUAGUAGGGUUCGAGCCCACAACUAUAAGUGAAGCAGUCUUCAUUGUAGAACUCUAUUAGUCAAAAUUGUUUCUUAAGUUCUAGGCACAUUUGUUUUCCUUUGAGAAUAAAGACACCUCUGGUAUUGUGAUGUUUUCCUAACUGUUUCAUACUUUAGGGUCCAGGUGGCACCAGUAUGAGUUUGUCAAAAGCGCGUUCCUUGAAAUGACUUCUCAGUAAUAUGUCAAGGUUAUUUUCCAUCUCUUUGGUGAAGAUGUUUCACAGUAUAUGUUUUCUAAUCAUUUUAAAUGUACUUUUCUCAUAGAUUUUAGUUUUAUUUUUACAAGGACAUUUAUUUAGCAUGAUUCAGUGAUAUUAAUUUUCUUUUAGACUUAUUUGAAUUGGCUUAAUUUACCAUGGAAGUGGAAAAUCUUCAAAUGUCUUACAUUUUAAGGCAGUCCGGAAAAAAAAUAAUUUAAACAAAAUUCUCCUCUUUUGGUCGGGUUUAUAGUCGAACAUUUCCAAAUUUGUCAAUGAACUCAAAGUAAAAGCAACCAAUUUAUUAUCCGUAAAUGUUUAAGUAUCCCUUGAAAUUUCAUGGUUCAAACUGAAAUAUUGAAGAAAAUGACUUCGUUAUGAUUCAUGUGGAAAAAAGUAUUACUUUCCCGUUGUUUUACGUACUUACGUUCGAAAAAAACUGUUGCUCAUGAAGGAGAAAUUUUGUAAUUAUAUGGGGGCGAAAUUCAAACAGUUCCCUGAAAACUAAUAUUGUAUAAACAAGAAUCCGAAUUGAAUAUUUCCAAGAUGUCAAAGUAAUAGUUGUAAGUCACCGGACAGUAAUCUAUGUUCAUUCAGCUACUUCUUAUUUAGUUCAGUAGAACAUAAGAAUAACUAAAAUAGUCAUCUUUCAUUAAUGGAUAUGUAUUUAGAGUUUGUGUUUUGUUUUAAAGGUAAAUUUGUCAGUAGCUUCAUUGAGUUCAAUGGAAAUGGAUUGUGCGUAUUGAUUGUUCUUCCACUAAGAGAUUGAUGUUUUCCAGGAACGCAGAUAUAACCACAGAUUGUAAUUGUGAAGCAGGAGAAUUUGUGAUCUUAAAAUAUUAGAAAAAUAACUCCUUACAUACUGAACGUGUAGACUUACAAUUCGCUCAAUCUAGCGUAGAAAAUACCAGGACAUUUGUCAUGUAAUGUGUAAAUUAUUCUUUCUGUAACACUCGUGUAUCUUCUGUAGAGAUAUUACGAUUGAAGUCUUUUUAAGUUACAACUUAUAGCAGCUGUUUAAUGUAGCAUUUUAAAAUGUCACUGUGGCGUCUUCGUUAGGUGAUGUCUACAGCAAAAUAAUCCCCAGCCAGCGAAAGGAGCGAAGGGAGAUAUAAUGACUAAUUAUACAAGUCUACUGUUAUUCAAAUCCAAUUAAUUGUAUACAACAUUAAGAGCUAUGCGGUUAAACAAAAUGUACAUUUAUAUUUUCAACGUUUUUCUUCUAAAUCUUUGAGAGAAAAAUGAAGUUAUUUUUGAAUUGAAAAGAAAAAAAUGCAAGUGGAGUGGAUGUGGUGGAACUCGAACCGCGGAAGAAAAAAAAAUACUAUUAAAAUUGCAUUUGUCGUGGUUGUUUGACCUUUUGUGUAAUUAUGGUACACAUGAUAUAAAGGGACUGCUAAUGUCUUCAGGGAAACUUUUUUUCCUUUGAAUAAAACGUCAUCUGGAAAAAACCAGAUUUGCUCAACAUUUGAAACUUA